AUGGGAAUUGGGGUUAUUAUAAGGGACUGUAAUGGAGAUGUUUUUGCUACAAAGUGUACUAAAAGGACAUACAGUUGCCAUGCUUUUGUUGCAGAAUGCACUGCUCUUUGGGAAGCUAUGGCUUUGUGCGAGGAUUUGGGAUUAAGAGGUGUGAUGUUUGAAGGGGAUGCCAAGUGUGUUAUAGAUGCGGUGAAGAAAUAUGAGGAGGAUGAUUCAAAGUUUGGACACUUGGUGGAAGGCCUGCAGCAGAAGCUGAAAACUUAUAACAGGUGGGAGGUGGGUUUUGUACAUAGGAUGGGUAAUGAGGUAGCUCAUCAAUUGGCUAAAAUGGCUAUGUUUGAGGAUGAUGAUAUGUAUUGGAUAGAGGAGGGACCAGAGUUGAUUUCUAACCAGUUACUCAUAGACAAAAUGUAUACUGAUACAAGGUGGAUAUGA